GUUUUUGUGCGGCGUCCAAACACAAGGACUGAGUAGAGUGUCAGCACCACUCAGCACCUCGGUCCAGGGAGUGUUGGCCCAAGCCUGGAGACAAGGACGCGCGCCCCGUUCCGCGCCGCCUCGCCUGGCCCGCCGUCCGGCCUGGGGACGCACGGCCCCGCCUCUGGUCUCGCGCCCUCCUCCGGGUGGCGCCUGCAGAGUUGAUGCUCGCCAUGGAAACGGGGUGCGGCCCCGGAGCUGCGUGGGGACCUGGUUUUGGGGCGGCCACUGCUCGUCCGCCUCCGCAUUGGGCCGCAGGCAGCGUCUAGGCGGGAGCGCCCAACUCGGGUUACUGACAAAAAUGCAGCCCGUGGGAUGCCUUCGCGUCGUCUCUCCCCGGGGGUGACUCGAGAGACUACUGGUUACGGAAAAGGAUGUGACUGUGAGAAUACUUCAGUGAGAAGGAUGAGCCCAGAUGUGCCUCUACUGAAUGAUUACAAGCAGGACUUCUUUCUGAAGCGCCUUCCACAAACUAUUCUUGGAGGCCCUCGACUCAGAUUAGGGUAUUGGGCCCCUCCUUACAUAUAUGUUAAUCAAAUUAUCCUUUUUCUGAUGCCAUGGGUUCUAGGAGGAAUAGGAACACUUUUAUACCAACUAAAUGUCCUAAAAGACUACUAUACAGCGGCACUUUCAGGGGGACUGAUGCUUGUCGCUGCACUUGUCAUCCAGUUCACAAGUGUAAAGGCCAAAACCAAAUCAGUGACAGUGGAAAGAAUAUUAACCACGGAUAUCUUAGCAGAAGAAGAUGAACAUGAAUUUACAAGUUGUGCGGGUGCUGAGACUAUCAAAUUUCUAAUUCCGGGCAAGAAAUAUGUAGCCAAUACAGUUUUUCAUUCUGUUCUUGCUGGAUUGCUGUGUGGUCUUGGAACGUGGUAUCUGCUCCCAAGUAGAAUAACCUUGCUGUAUGGCUGUGCAGGAGGCACUGCUCCAUUAUUUAUCUUUGGGUGGAUAACACUGUGUAUAGGAGAAUAUUCAUUAAUUGUAAACACACCUAUAGAGACUGCAACUUUCCAAACCCAGGAUACCUAUGAAAUCACUCCUCUUAUGAGACCUCUUUAUAUUUUUUUCUUUGUUUCUGUGGACCUCGCACACAGGCUUAUUAAAGAUACACCAGCUCUCCAGCACACGAAUCAGAUUCUGCACAUCCUGUUUGUAUUUCUACCCUUCCUGUGGGCACUUGGGACUCUGCCCCCGCCUGACGCUCUUUUCUUGUGGGCAGUGGAGCAGGUUUUAGAGUUUGGCCUUGGAGGUUCCUCCAUGUCAACACACCUACGGCUAUUAGUAAUGUUCAUCAUUUCUGCUGGAACAGCUGUAGCAUCAUAUUUUAUUCCCAGCACUGUUGGUGUGGUUCUUUUCAUGACUGGACUUGGGUUCUUACUGAGUCUUAACCUAAGUGAUGUAAGUUUUGUCUUCAAACACAGCAUGAGCAGAAACAGAGCAGGAAGAGAAGCUCAGACUUCAUGCAGGGCUUCAGCAAGACGGUUUCCAUGGCAGGAGUUCCUCCAGCAUGUCACUGUGUUAGCCUUGGCUCUCCUGGAAGCCAGCCUGCUGCACCACUUUGUGGGAUUCUCGCAGACUUCCAAAAGCAGUUCCCAGGCUAUCGUUGGCUGCAUUUUGGUGAUGUUACUCAUAGCACUGUGGAUACUUAGAGAAAUUCAAAGCAUCUAUAUCUUGGGAAUUUUCCGAAACCCUUUCUAUCCAAAGGAUGUGCGAUCUGUGACUGUAUUCCUAGGGAAGCAAGCAAAGCUCCUGAAGGUCGGUGUUGUCAGACGGAUUUUGCUAACUCUAGUGUCACCUUUUGCUCUGAUAGCAUUUCUUUCCUUGGAUGAUUCCUUACAGAGGCUCCACUCUGUGUCUGUCUCCAUUGGAUUCACAAGAGCCUUUCGAAUGGUCAUUUGUCUACUGCAGGUGUGGCAGAAUACAGAAAACGCUGUACUGGAGACAGCCAUUGUAUCAGCAGUUCACUUACUGAUCUCCAGUACAGACUUCUGGUGGAACAGGAACCUAAAUACAGGAAUGAGACUCUUAUUGGUUGGUAUCAUACGAGACCGUCUGAUUCAGUUCAUCUCUAAGUUGCAGUUUGCUAUGACCGUACUUUUGGCGUCAUGGAUGGAGAAAAAACAACAUCGAACAACAACUGCUGCUUUGUGCACACUCAAUGUUAUCUUCUUUCCAUUUGUGUUGGUCAUCAUAGCUUUUUCUACACUGCUGUCCUCUCCCUUGCUCCCGCUCUUCACCCUUCCUGUGUUCCUGGUGGGUUUCCCCAGACCUACUCAGAGUUGGCCAGGAGCUGUGGGCACUGCGGCAUGUGUGUGUGCGGAUACUGUGUACUACGAGCAGAUGGUCCCCAGGUUGACUGCUAUCCUGCAGGCUGCGAUGGCGGCCGGAAGUUUCGGUCUCCUCUUACCUGGAUCUCAUUACUUGGGCCGUUUUCAGGAUCGUUUAAUAUGGAUAAUGAUUCUAGAGUGUGGUUAUACUUACUGCUGUAUUAACGUGAAGGGGUUAGAAUUGCAAGAAACAUCCUGUCAUACUGCUGAAGCCCGAAGAGUUGAUGAACUUUUUGAAAGUGCUUUUGAACAAGAAUGCCCAAAAGUAUGUUCCCUUAAUGAACACUUUGGGAAUGUCUUGACACCCUGUACUGUUUUGCCUGUGAAGCUAUAUUCUGACGCCAGGAUCGUCCUAUCUGGCAUAAUUGACUCUCAUGAAAAUUUAAAAAGUUUCAAAGGUGACCUUAUUAAAGUGCUUGUGUUCAUCCUCGUUCAGUACUGCUCUGAAAGGCCCAGUAAGCAGGAGAAUGUUCACAAAACUGAAAGUAAAGGGGAAACAUCUCCAGUAGUACUUCCUCCUUUGAACACAUCACCACGUCCCAAUUCCCCGGAAGACACAGACAGUAUUAAAUCACAAACUUUCGAUGACUGGUCAGACGAUAUUUUUGAUGAUGAGCCAACAGUCAAAAAAGGAAAAAAUUGGUUGAAAGAUUUCCCAGGUACAACUUUGCCUAUUCCAGGCUCAGUAGACUCACAGAGGGUUGCUGAUAUUCCUACAGGCACCAUUUCCGAACACAAUCUGUACAAAGCAGUUCUGCUGGGAUACCCAGCUAUUGACAGAGGAAGGGAACAAAGCACGGCUUAUAUCCCUCUCAGUGAGUUCAGUUCUCCGCAUUCUCACUUAGUGAGCUUACCUGAAGAGUGGAGGCCUACCUGUAUGCCCAGCUCCAAAAUGAAAGAGAUGAGCUCCCUCUUUCCAGAAGACUGGUACCAGUUCGUCUUAAGUCAGUUAGAAUGUUUCCACUCAGAAGCAGUGGCCUCAGCUGCACUGGAAGAGAUUGCAAAGGACAAGGUUUUAAAGGACUUUUAUGUUCAUACAGUAAUGACUUGUUAUUUUGGUUUAUUGGGAAUAGACGAUGUGGCUCCUACUGCUGGCCAUAUAUUAAGAGUUUACAGUGGUGUUUUGCCCUGGUCUACUGCCUUGGACUGGCUCACAGUAAAACCAGAACUGUUCCAGCUAGCUCUGAAAGCCUUCAGAUAUACUGUGAAACUAAUGGUUGAUAAAGCAAGUUUAGGUCCAAUAGAAGAUUUUAAAGAGCUAAAAGACUUCCUGGAAGAAUAUGAAAAUGACUGGUACAUUGGUUUAGUAUCAGAUGAAAAGUGGAAGGAAGCAGUUUUACAAGAAAAGCCUUGCUUGUUCUCUCUGGGCUACGACCCUAACAUGCCCGUUGUCAGGUGGCUCCAAUGCAGACACAAUAUAGUGGAAGGCCCGGGCGGAGGGCAGCUUCUCACCUCCAACCACCCCCACCUCCUAAAAGUAAGUGAGCUUUACUGCUGCCAUGGUCUUACCGCCUUCUAAAUGAGGCUUGGGGGAUACUCUCUAGAUCUAUACCAUACCUAUCAGAACUAUUGCCCUGCUAAGGGAACGGUGAGUUUUCUGUUGGGGCUGCACUUGCAGCAAAGCAGUAUCUGGGAUUUCAAAUGAGGGAGAAGGAGAGGGUAGGUAAGGUAGGGAUUUAUGUUUACUUGGAUUAAUCAAACCAUUCACUAAAUAAACAACUGAAUAUCAGUAACGUGCCCAGGGAGUAAGGGGUCAAGAAGCAGUACCCAGUUUCUACAAUGCCAUUUAUAACAUCUAGUUGUCAAUAAAGAAUUGCAAGAGAUAACACAGAAAAGUUGAAUCCACACACGAGGAGAAAAUAGCAGUUAACAGAAACUGCCUGUGAGAGCAAGCAGAUGUCAGUUGUAAAAACAUUUCAAAGUAAAGGAGGAUGUUCACAUCACCCAGAGAAACCAUAAUUAAGGCAAUAAAUUCUGAUAACAAGUUCACAUCCAGUAGAACAUGUCAGUAGAGAAAUUAUAAAUUAUAAAAAUGAGGUUGAACAGAUUGGAACUGGCAGCUGAAUCCGUGAAUUUGAAGAUUUUAGAUCAGUAGUGACUACGCAAUCCAAAGAAAGGAGAGAGAAAAACGAAGAAAAGAAAGAGAGCUUCAAAGAAAUGUGGAACAACAUUAAUGUCACAACCUAUAAAUGAUGGUGCUAGGAGACAGGAGAAAGAGAAAGAAGAAAAAAAGUAUUGUCUGAAAAUUUCACAAAGUUACCGAGAAACAUUACACAACCAGGAAGCUCAGUGACCUUUAGGGUAAAAACGAAGAGAUCCACAAACACACACAUCUUGAUAAAAUGCUGGAAGCCAGAAACCAGGCAGAACGUUAAAAUGGCAUGUAAAUUUUAAGGAAAGCCUAGAAAAACUAUUACCUAAGAGUGCCACAAAGAAAUUUUUCAAAAAUGGAAGUAUUAAGGGGACAUUCCCAGGUAAAGAAAAAUGGAGAAUUUGUUGCUUACUGUCCUGCCCCUUGAGAAUACUCAAGAAAUUUUCUGGCUGAAUGCAUGUGAUCCCAGACAGUAAUGGACUGUCCCCCCUACACACACACAAAAAAAAACCACCUUCUUUGGUAACUAUGUAAUUUUUAAAAACAGUAUAAAUGCAUAUGUCUUUUUCAGAGUUGAAAAGAAUUUUAUAAAGCAAUAGGCAAUGUACAGAAAUGCAAUAUACUUGCCAAUAAUUGUACAAAGGAUAUCAACAGGGACAAAGGAAAUGAUUCUAAAUGAUAACCUGCAUCUACAAGAAUAAAAGAAAUGAAUUAUAAGUUAGAAAUCGCAAAACCAACAAAUAUACAGGUGCUCCCUUUUCUCUCAAGUUCUUUAAAAGAUACACAAUUAUGUAAAGUAGAUGUGCUGCCACAGUGCGUACUGCAAUUAUGUAAUAAUUAUAACAAUGCAUUACUGUAUUUUGAUGUCAUUUACAGAUGUAAUAUUAUAACCAUAAAAUCACAAAAAGAGGAAAAAGUGAAUACAGUUAUACAAAAGUAGCAUUUUUAUGUCUCAGUGGGAGUUGGUGUACAUCGAAAGCUCUAAUAAGACACAUGGCAAACUGUAGGCAACAACUGACUGGGAAAAGGAGGUGAAAAAUCCAUAAAGACAUUAAAGUGCCAGCUUAAAAAUAUUUACUUGAUGUAAAAGAAAAUAGGGACAAAUAGAGAUACGUACACACACAUACACACAAAGCCAUGCAGUAUAGAAGACAAAAGGGGAACUGACAAGAACCAGCUGUAUCAUGAAUAAUAUUAAGUGGUAAUGGCGUAAACAACCCCAGUGUUUUUCCUUGCCCCUUCCUUCUAGCCUUCCUGGGCAUGUGGCCACAUAGCUCUAGUCUUUCUCUCCAUCUUCCUGUGACCCUCUUCCCUGUAUCCUGUGGCAGUUCUCCUGUUCCACUCUUCUACUAAGACACCUUCUUUGGCUUGUAGACCCAGCUAAAUCCACAGUGAUCUCAUUUUGAGAGUCUUAAUCCUAUCUGUAAAGUAUCCAUACCAAGUAAGGCCACACUCAAAGGUACCGUUGCUUAGGACUUCUUUGAAGAUGCUGUUCACCCCACUCAAGACCUUACUUUACACCAUAUUAAAAAAUAUUAACUUUAAAAUGCAUCACAGGGGCCAGGGAUAUAGCUCAGUGGCACAAGUGCCUGCC